AUGGCGACUAUGAACCUAUCGUUUAUGAUAUGGUGCGAUGGCCGCAUGGUAAGCUCUCCGGCUGGAGUAGAAUACCAGGGCGGCUGUCGGGUGGAUAUGCCAAUUAUUGAUAGGAUGAAUUUUGAAGUGUUGAGGAAUAUGUGUAUAAGGGCAGUUGCUACGGACUCGGAAGUGGAGAUUACAAAAAUUUACUUACGACUUCCAAAAAUUGAAAGUUUGAAUUUGAGUGAAUCAAGUGGGUCGGAGAAAGGGAGUGAUGAAGAUGAAGAUGAUGAAGAGAAUUUUUAUGGCUGCGAGGAAGAGGCAGAAGAGCAAGAGGAUUGCAAUGAUCAUGAUUCUGGAGAAAACACAUUGUAUCAAUCGCAACUCCCAGAAGGUUUUAACCAUGUCAAUUUGGAUGAUUUUGAUGUGGCACCGGAUUCUGAUGAGAAGCUUAUGUGGAAUCCUGGGAUGGAGUUUCAAAUUGGGAUGAUCUUCCCAAAUCGUGAUUCUGUUCAGGCAUGUGCUACUGCUUAUUCUGUUGAGAACGGAAGGGAGCACAAAAUUCGCAGGACAACCAACUAUACUAUUGUGCUGGUAUGUAGGUAUCAUCCUAUUUGCAAAUGGUGGCUGCGUGUAACUCUGCUUCAAGCAAAUCAUACGUGGACAUGCACAAAAUAUAUCGGGCCGCAUACGUGCAAUGAGCUGGUGCCAAAUGCUAAUCAUAGAAAUUUUGGGGCACGAGAAAUUGCGAAAUCAUGUUCGCAUGAGAAAAAGGAAAGAAGAUAUUCUGAACUUGAUCUUCACUCAAAUUUUAUAUGGAAGGAUGACAUCUUUGGCUUGAACUCCACUCCAAUGCGUCUCUGUCAUAAAUUUCUGCAAGAACUGUUGUUUCUCAGACUGGCCAUGGAGUUUAAGCUUCUGUUUCUAUGCUUCUUAGUCCAUAAUCUACUCUUCGUUUCGCUCUCCAACUCCAUUUUAGACCAAAAUGGGAAGAACCCAGAUAGAGAUAACCUAUUAUCUUUCAAAGCCUCACUUCAAAAUCCAACCCUUCUGUCUUCAUGGAACUUGUCGACCCCUCAUUGCAGUUGGGUCGGUGUUGGUUGCCUGCAAGGCCGAGUUACCUCGCUACUUCUCUCUGAUCAAUCUCUAAAUGGUCCUCUACACCCUUCUCUUUUCUCUAUCUUCACUCUCACCGCCCUCGAUUUGUCCAAGAAUCAACUCUCUGGUGAAAUUUCACCUCAAAUUUCAGCUCUAAAACGCUUAAAACAGCUCUGUCUCGGUGAAAACCAGUUAUCUGGCGAGAUACCGAGUCAAAUCGGCGAGUUGAGUCAUCUUCAGAUUCUCAGACUCGGUGAUAAUUCGUUCAGUGGAAAUAUUCCACCUGAAUUUGGGAAGUUGACACAGCUUGAUACUCUUGAUCUCUCUGCAAAUGCACUCGUUGGUACAGUUCCGAGUCAAAUCGGUCACAUGACUGGGCUGCGGUUCCUGGAUAUGGGAAAUAAUAUGUUAUCAGGUUCUUUGCCUAAACCCUUUUACAAUAAUCUCAAGUCUUUAGUUUCUCUUGAUAUUUCAAACAACUCGUUUUCUGGUCCAAUUCCUCCAGAGAUUGGUAACCUCACUAAUCUCACUGAUCUCUACAUUGGUAUCAAUUCGUUUUCUGGUCUAUUACCUCCUCAAAUUGGUUCUCUUUCGAAGCUUGAAAACUUUUUUUCACCGUCGUGUUUGCUCAUAGGGCCUUUACCUGACCAGAUUUCCAACUUAAAGUCCUUAAAUAAACUUGACCUAUCUUAUAACCCACUCAAGUGUUCAAUUCCCAAAUCUCUAGGAAAGUUGCAUAAUUUGAGUAUAUUGAAUCUUGCUUAUUCUGAGCUUAACGGGUCUAUACCUGGCGAACUUGGAAAUUGCAAAAGCUUGAGGACUUUAAUGCUCUCUUUCAAUUCACUUACUGGGUCUCUGCCUGAAGAGCUAUCUCAUCUGCCUAUGUUGACAUUUUCUGCCGAAAAGAAUCAGCUUUCUGGGUCGUUGCCGUCCUGGAUUGGGGGAUGGGAUCAGAUGGAGUGGCUCUUUCUUUCGAGUAACGAGUUUUCCGGGAGAUUGCCACCUGAAAUUGGGAAUUGUUCAUCCUUAAAGCAUAUCAGUUUAAGUAAUAAUCUUUUGACCGGGACAAUUCCAGGAGAGCUCUGCAAUGCUGUGUCGCUUAUGGAGAUUGAUCUCGAUGGAAACUUCUUCUCUGGAACAAUUGAAGAUGCAUUUUUGAAGUGUGCUAACUUGACUCAGCUGGUUUUGGUUAAUAAUCAGAUUACUGGUUCGAUUCCUGACUACCUGGCAAAGCUUCCUUUGAUGGUUCUUGACCUUGAUUCCAACAAUUUCACAGGUGCAAUACCUUUGAGUCUAUGGAAGUCCACCACCUUGAUGGAAUUCUCUGCUUCAAAUAAUCUGUUAAAGGGCUCUCUGACUAUGGAGAUUGGGAAUGCUGUUGAAUUGCAGAGGCUAGUUCUUAGCAGUAAUAUGUUGAUCGGGACUAUUCCUAAGGAAAUUGGAUAUCUGACUUCUCUUUCUGUUCUUAACUUGAAUUCUAAUCUUCUGGAAGGUAAUAUUCCUGAUGAGCUAGGAGAUUGCAUUUCACUAACUACAUUGGACCUUGGAAAUAACAGGCUGAAUGGGUCAAUUCCUGACAAACUCGUAGAUUUGGUUGAGUUGCAGUGCUUGGUUCUUUCUCACAAUAAUUUGUCCGGGUCUAUUCCUUCAAAGCCUUCUACGUAUUUUCGAGAGGCUAAUAUACCUGACUCGAGCUUUCUUCAACACCAUGGAGUGUUUGAUUUAUCUCAUAAUAUGCUGUCUGGUUCAAUACCUGAGGAAUUGGGGAACCUUGUGGUAAUAGUUAAUCUACUAAUUAAUGAUAACAUGCUUUCUGGUGCAAUUCCAGGAUCACUUUCUAGGUUAAGUAAUCUUACAACCUUGGAUUUAUCCGGAAAUGUUUUAAGUGGUCAUAUUCCACCACAGGUUGGGCACUCUACUAAGCUUCAAGGUUUGUAUCUGGGAAAAAAUCAGCUCUCAGGUAUCAUCCCUGAAAGUUUAGGUAACUUGGGUAGUUUAGUGAAGCUGAACUUGACAGGUAAUAAGUUGUAUGGCUCGAUUCCUCUUAGUUUUGGCAACUUGAAAGAACUUACUCAUUUAGAUAUAAGCAAUAAUGAGCUUGUGGGUCGGCUUCCUUCAUCUCUGUCGCAUAUGCUGAAUCUUGUCGGGCUUUAUGUUCAGCAGAACAGGCUUUCUGGUUCUAUAGAUGAGCUCUUGUCUGAUCCCAUGGCAUGGAAGAUAGAAACUUUGAAUUUGAGUAAUAAUCUCUUUGAUGGGGGAUUACCCCGAUCUUUGUGCAAUCUGUCGUACUUGACGUACUUGGAUUUUCAUGGAAAUAAGCUUACCGGAGAGAUUCCUGCAGAGCUUGGGGAUUUAAUGCAACUUCAAUAUUUUGAUGUUUCUGGGAAUAGAUUGUCUGGGCAGAUUCCAGAGAAAAUAUGCACCUUGGAUAACCUGUUUUAUCUGAAUUUAUCAGAAAACAGUCUGGAAGGUCCUGUCCCCAGAAAUGGUAUCUGCUUAAGCCUAUCAAAAGUUUCAGUUGCUGGCAACAAAAAUUUGUGCGGCAGAAUUAUAGGUUCAGAGUGUAGAAUCAGAAGCUUUGGCAGGUUAACUUUGCUAAAUGCCUGGGGAUAUGCAGGGAUAGCUGUUGGAUGCAUGAUUAUCAUUCUUACUGUAGCUUUUGCACUACGAAGCUGGAGCAUGAGAGGUAGCAGACGGGGUGAUCCUGAGGACACUGAAGAAAGCAAGUUGAGCAGUUUUAUGGAUCAACACCUUUUCUUAUUAAGUAGCAGCAGAUCAAAGGAACCUUUAAGCAUCAACAUAGCUAUGUUUGAGCGUCCUCUUCUGAAAAUAACCUUAGUUGAUAUUCUUGAGGCCACUAAUAACUUCUGCAAGACAAACAUCAUUGGAGAUGGAGGAUUUGGUACAGUAUACAAGGCCACCUUGCCUGAUGGAAAAACAGUUGCAGUCAAAAAGCUAAGCGAAGCCAAAACACAGGGUAACCGUGAAUUUGUUGCUGAAAUGGAGACCCUGGGCAAGGUAAAGCAUCAGAAUUUGGUUCCAUUGCUCGGAUACUGCUCCUUUGGUGAGGAAAAGCUGCUGGUGUACGAGUAUAUGGUAAAUGGAAGCUUAGACAGCUGGCUAAGAAACCGAAGUGGCCCCCUUGAAGUCCUGGAUUGGACAAAACGCUACAAGAUUGCGACUGGCUCUGCCCGUGGGCUAGCUUUUCUUCACCACGGAUUCAUCCCUCACAUCAUACACAGGGAUGUCAAGGCCAGCAACAUCUUGCUUAAUGGAGAAUUUGAACCAAAAGUGGCCGACUUCGGGCUUGCCAGACUGAUCAGUGCAUGUGAGACGCAUGUGAGUACUGAUAUAGCUGGGACAUUUGGCUACAUUCCACCGGAGUACGGACAGAGCGGAAGGUCCACGACGAGAGGAGACGUCUACAGCUUUGGUGUUAUACUGCUGGAGUUGGUGACUGGGAAAGAGCCUACAGGGCCUGAUUUCAAAGAGGUAGAAGGAGGGAAUCUAGUUGGUUGGGUGUUCCAAAAGAUGAAGAAAGGUCAGGCAGCUGAUGUUCUUGAUCCUACGGUGGCCAAUGCGGAAUCAAAGAAGAUGAUGAUUAAAGUGCUGAAAAUUGCAUCUUAUUGCCUGUGUGAUAAUCCUGCUGACAGGCCCACUAUGCUGGAGGUACUCAAGUUAUUGAAAGGGAUUAAAGGUGAUAAGUUCUAGUGGAGUUUGCUGGUUGCUGCAAUAACUCUGUCAAAAUCUGAAGCUGUUAGUUUCUCAGUAGGCUAAUCUAAUUUGACGACUGUUAACUUUAGGGUUCCGUUGUAAUCCAUAUUGUAAAAGAUAAAUUGUGAUGCAAGUAUUCAACUAUAGGGCCAUGGCCUGUUUGCAGUAAGAGAAAACCUAACUCUAUAAAAUCUGCCGCUUCUACA